GCGCGUCCCGGGGCCCAGCCGCAGCCGAGGAGCCGGCGCCCCUGGCCCGCAAGCCCGGCGCAGGCAUGCAGGCCAGGCGCCUGGCCAAGCGCCCCAGCCUGGGCAGCCGCCGUGGGGGCGCUGCGCCCGCUCCCCCCGAGGCCGCAGCUCUAGGGGCUCCCGCCCCCGGCCCCAGCCCGGCCGCCGCACCGGAAGCGGGGCCGCCGCUGCCGCCGCCGCGCGGAACCCCGCGCGCUGCCGCAGCCUCGUCGCCGGUCCUGCUGCUGCUGGGCGAGGAGGACGAGGACGAGGAGGGCGCGGGCCGGAGGCGCAGGACGCGCGGGCGGGUAGCGGAGAAGCCCCGAGGGGGCGCGGAGGAGGAGGAGGACGACGAGGAAGAAGACGAAGAGGUGGUGGUCGAGGUGGUGGACGGCGACGAGGACGACGAGGACUCCGAGGAACGCUUCGUGCCCCUCGGACCUGGCCGUGCGCUUCCUAAGGGCCCGGCCCGGGGCGCGGUGAAGGUGGGGAGUUUUAAGCGGGAGAUGACCUUCACGUAUCAAUCAGAGGACUUCAGACGUGACUCCAGUAAGAAGCUGUCGCAUCACCUCUUCCCGCUGGCCAUGGAGGAAGACGUGAGAAUAGCAGACACCAAAAAAACCAGUCGGAUCCUUGACCAAGACAAAGAGACUCGGUCCGUUUGUCUUCUUGAGCAGAAGCGGAAAGUGGUCUCCUCCAAUAUUGAUGUUCCUCCCGCAAGGAAAUCUUCAGAGGAACUGGACAUGGACAAGGUGACUGCGGCCAUGGUAUUGACCAGCUUGUCAACCAGCCCUUUGGUCCGAAGCCCUCCUGUGCGACCUAAUGAGGGUCUCAGCGGGUCCUGGAAGGAAGGCGCACCAUCCAGCAGCAGCAGCAGUGGCUACUGGAGCUGGAGCGCUCCGAGUGACCAGUCCAACCCCUCCACACCCUCUCCGCCACUGUCGGCUGACAGCUUCAAGCCCUUCCGUAGCCCUGUUCCACUUGACGAUGGCAUCGACGAGGCAGAGGCCAGCAACCUGCUCUUCGACGAGCCCAUUCCCAGGAAGAGAAAGAACUCCAUGAAGGUGAUGUUCAAAUGCCUUUGGAAGAACUGUGGCAAGGUGCUGAACACGGCAGCAGGCAUCCAGAAGCACAUCCGGGCCGUCCACCUCGGGCGAGUGGGGGAAUCUGACUGCAGUGAUGGGGAAGAAGACUUCUACUACACGGAGAUCAAGCUCAACACGGAUGCAGUGGCUGAAGGCCUGAACAGUGUGGCCCCGGUUUCGCCCUCCCAGUCCCUGGCUUCACCUCCCACGUUUCCCAUCCCAGACUCCAGCAGAGCAGAAACUCCUUGUGCCAAAACAGACACUAAGCUGGUGACACCGCUGAGCCGCUCAGCCCCCACCACCCUCUACCUCGUGCACACUGACCAUGCUUACCAGGCCACGCCCCCGGUGACUAUUCCGGGAUCUGCUAAGUUCACCCCCAAUGGCAGCAGCUUCAGCAUUUCCUGGCAGUCUCCUCCAGUCACUUUCACAGGAGUUCCGGUGUCUCCGACACACCAUCACGCAGCCGGCACAGGAGAGCAGAGACAGCACGCUCACACCACCCUGUCCUCCCCGCCCAGAGGGACAGUCACCCUGAGGAAGCCCAGAGGAGAAGGCAAAAAGUGCCGCAAGGUUUACGGGAUGGAAAACAGGGACAUGUGGUGCACCGCCUGCCGCUGGAAGAAGGCCUGCCAGCGGUUCAUCGACUGAGCGGGGGGCAGGCUCGCCCCAGCCAUUCCUGCCUCUCCCUCCAAAGAGAGCUACUCAAGGCCCAGGGAAGGCCCUCCUGGAAUUCUAGGAGUAUAAUUCCUUGGUGAAUUAAAGCAGAAACUCAGCACCGCGCUGCUCUGAGAACUGGGCAAGAGCACCAAGCAGGACUUUUCCCUUCGAAGGAAAAGCCAGCUUCCUUCGCUAUCAUCAGGUCUUAAAGCUGGUCUUCUGUAGCAGCCAAGCCAACCAGGCCCAUCUCCCCUAGAGAGAAGGAGAUUUUCAUAAGCUUUCUGAACUGUGGCACCUUGGAGGGUCUUUGACACCGAGAACGGUACGCCCACAAGCUACACAGUAUGAGGUAGCAGUUGUAUAAAGGACAGUACCCACCUUGUGAAUAGGCCUCUCCCUGUUUUCCGUCCAGCUCCUUGGAGCAGUCCGCACCAUGACGUAUUUCAAGAAAGAACUUUUCUAUGUCUGUUUUGUUUUCAAGAAGGACCCAAGUGGAACCACUGUAAAGACGUUAGCUUGCAAGCUCUGGGUAGCAUACGGCCAGAAGUGUUUGGCCGUGGGAAUCCCGUCAGCCAUCACCUGAGGUCAGGACACCAAGAGGCACUACAGAAAGCAUCUGGGGAUUGUCCUUGGAUGCCAAAGGUUGCACCGACUCUGUCUGCCACGGCUCAGAUGAGAGCUGUGCCAGUAGCAGUCUGGUAAGCCUUGAUGCUUCCUUCAGGGAUAUCGCAUACUACAGCUUGGAUAGUGUGCCCUGCUUGGUCCCGCCAAGAUGGUACCAAGACCCUGGGUUAGCAUCUUGCUCUCCAACUCCGCCCAGGUAGAAAACUCCAGACUGGCCAGCAGGUCUGCUUCCAGGAGAGCACAGCUGACCUGCCCCUGCCUGUGGGAAAGACCACUGGGGCCACAAGCCAACUGCCAUUGUGAGUGCACUUUUCUAGAUGUCAUGCUUUACACGGCUAGGGGAUGAGUUAGUGGACUCGGUGACAUAUAUGGAUGAUGGAAAGCUAAAUUUUGUUGUCUUAUAAAAAUAUUGGAACUAUGAAUUAAGAAUUUGCUCAGAAAGUAACCUACAGGAUGCCCAAAAGCAAAUGCAUCUUAAUAUAGGACUCUCCAUUCGGUAGGGCCAAGGCUUGGUGCCAGCCGUUGGGAUGUCUAUGCCAGUGGACUUGGCUGUUUGAAGGGUAGAGCUGGGAGCGUCCGUCAAGCCUUGUCAGGACGCUUACUCUCUGCCUGUCCUGCUUACGAGACAUGAGUGUCCUGUACCUGUGCAUGGUAAGAGCUCCUUCCAGGAGCCGCUGGGUAGGGAUGGGGAACAUGGUGUCAGCCAUAUGAAUGUUAUUGAAGUUGCACAGAGGAAAGCUUAAUAUAUGUCUACAGAUUGUACAUAGUGCUUUUUUACAAAGUAGAAGUCCUGUCGGAAUCAGAGACGCCUCUUUUUAUGUAAGGGGUAUGUAUAGAGGUUCUACAAGGGAACAUCCCCAAACUGGUGCAUUCAUGUAUUUUGGCAAUUUUAUUUUUUAAAUCCAUGUGGCUUUUUAUCACACAAAUCAAGGAGAACAGGAAAGAGAUCCUGAUCUUGUCCUUCGGAUACUUAAAAGCAAAACCUUUAUCUCGAGAAGAGAGAAAGCUUUAUCUGAUUUCCCUGUAGGCUGAUGAUCAGCGUCAGCCAUGCCAGCUGUUCCAGAUGUUUUGACCUGCAACCAGGAGACGGCAUUUUGUUUUUCAAGUCCAGAGCUAGAGUGCUUUACCCUGGACAUGUCCUCUCUCCCGUGUCCUGCAGCCUCACUGCCCUGAAAUGGUGUUCUGGCUGCUCCAAGAGGUCCUGAGCAACUGUAGAUCAUGUCCGUUAGCUGCUUGGUCAAGUUCACCAUGCGCUUAAGUAAUAGGUGGGUCCUAGGCCACAGGGUUCUCAGCAAAGCUCCCUCAGAUUCUUUUAAUCGCAGGUGAAGACUUUAAUCAAAACAGUAAAGUGAUGUGAAAUUAAAUCCAGCUUCUCUUGAAGAACUUCGAGGUGAAGUGAUGCUUUCUGCAUGAGAGCCGUCCUUAGGGCGCUCAGCUCUCUCCCCCACAAACACAGCCUGAACCUGCUUGUCUGGCAGACCUGAACCUGCUUGACUGCGCUUAUUGUCAGCACAGUCACCACAGCAAAUGCACCUGGCCUGGAUCCCUCGUUUUCUCUAAAGCCUUCACCAUGCCAGCCCUUGGGCAUCCCCAGCCCUGCCUACGGCCCUAACCUGCAGGUCAGCCCUAGGCACCGUAUCCUUUCUUCCCUGGCUUCGAAGGUGCAGGCCAAUCCUGAGUGCAGUGCUGGACAGUGUGCCCAUUCCCUGUGUGCAAGGGUGCAGUCCAGGGGACCAGAGAGCUCUGGCUGAGAUGCAGCUGUCACUGGUUGUAUGAGUUACAUUUUUAAGUAGUUAUUUUGAUAUUUGGGGAACCAAAUGAAGUGCCAAAUGAAGCCUGACUUUUCAUUUCAUGCCAUCUCCAUGAAACUAAGUUCUUUUAGUGUCUUCAUUUUGUGGAGCAACAGAGAAAGGAAGGCUAAGAGUUGGCUGCUAGCCUGAGGCUCUGCGCCCCCAGGGCUGACAGCCCCGUCUAUAAAAGGAGCGGUGAGGUAAUGAAUUUCUGUCCAAUGGAAAUGUCUGAUUCUUCUUCCAUGGUGCCCUUUCUUAUGAGGAAAAAGCCUGCCACAGUGAUUGGCAGGACACCCUCCAGCCAGCUAGGAAGCAGUGUGUGCAGUAGGCGAUCGCUUCCAGCCUUAGCCUCCCCAGAAUAUGGACAGUGAAAGCCGGUGAGACAGCAUGGAGAAACCCCCAGGUAGCAUAUGUGUCAAGGGGGCCGUGCAGGAGACCUACGCACCCUGUCUUCUGCUCAUCUUCUUGGGCUGCUCAGCCAAGAAUCCUCCAUGUCUGCCACAGAUGUCCAAACCAAGAGGCUUUGGCCAGGACCGUCCAUGCUCACCUUCUCCCACCCUAUGUCUGGGAAAUGAGGUUCUCUGGACCGGCAAAAGCCAGCACCAGGAAGAAAUCAGUGGUUUCCAACCAGAGUGGGCCUGUAGUGCCCACUGACAGCCAGCAGCAUGUCCAAGAGGUCCCCUUGAGGAAACUCCUUGCCUCCUGUGACCAAGCCGCAAAUAAAGAUCAUCUGUAGAGAACAGCACUGGCGUUGGACUCUCCAAAUUUUGAAGCCAAAUUGUUCCCCGUUGCAAUUCAAGAUGACGAGCGUUGGAGUCAGCCAUCCCUGGUAUCGGAGUGCACCACACUGUGGCCAGAAGCCCUGGGCUUAAGGUGAGCCAGCCCUGUAAGAGCGUCUGCUUCGUCUCUCACUUCAGCCGCACUGCAAGACAGCGGCGGCAUCGACUAGAGAAGGCUCUGAGAAAAGAGGUGACACGAUACAUACGGGAGAAUAAGUUGAGCAUGCUACUGUAGCAGAAUACUGUAAACUACUCAUUCCUCAGGGAAACAAGGAUGAUGUGGGAAGAGAUCUGGAGAACCCCGUGACUAGGAAGAUUUUUUUUAACCACCUCAAGUCUUUUCUUGUCAGAACAAGUUUUUCUUUAUGUAAACUCUCAGUAUCAUUUCAAGACAAAUCCAUGUCAGCUGGACAGGCAGGCGACUUCCGUGAGGUGUGGCCGAGGUACCCCAUGCAUAACUGUCUCUUUGUAACUGGCCUAAAGCCGACUGAUGUGUGAGCCACAGGUGCAGAGCCUGCUGGGUAUUCAUAGACAUGGCGAGGCUUCCUCUGAAUGUAAACAUAAACAAAAGGCCUUGCUGUUCCCAUUGUAAUCUUCCGUCUUGGGCUGCUGUUUAUUAGCAUCCUCUAAGUGAGAGAAAGCUGCCCAAGGCCUGUGGUUUGCUUUAGUUGCAUGUUCAGGAGCGCACUGCCAUGGACUCCUAUGGACAAGGUGCUGCCUUUUCUCAGAUCCGUAGGAUUUCCACCACCCACAUGAGCUGUAGCAUUGACCUGUGUGCAUAUGUGCAGCUGAGUGGAGCCAGCAUGGCCCGUCACCGUGACAGGCGGCAGUGUGGGUCAUUUCAGAGGCCAUGUCAGGCACAUGGGUCAACUGGCAAUUUUAUUUCUGUAAGAAAGAAACCUACCAGCAGCACACAGGUGCCCCCGGUCCUCCUACCCAUAGGGAUUCCUCCUUGUUACAACCGUUUCUUCCCGCCUUUUCUGAGUUGUAAAUAGCCACAUGGGAAGUUAGUAAACAAAUGAGGUUAGCACUUUUAGGUACCAGUUGUCCUGAGUAACUGUACUCCAACAAAGCAAAUAUGAAAUGAACUCAACUGGCUUCUGCAGGCGGACCCGGAAAAGGCCCGUUUCCAAUGACACACAUGCUUUAAAGAGAGUACCUAUCACAGGGCCAGGGGUCAAAACGGGAAUUUUUAUCUCCUGUCCUGCUUUGUAAAUAGCUCCUUCUUUUCCUAAGACAAUCUCAUGUUUUAUAACCUUUGUUGUGUGUGUCUUGAGAAUCAACAAUGGUAAUGUGUUAUGGUAAAUGUAACCUUAAAUACAAUAAUAAUUACAACUUAAA